CAAAUAUGAAAGACUUUCGUUUUUCUUCGGACAAAUGGAUUGUUGGGGGCUUCCAAUCGAAGUUUGCAGAAGGUCUUGGUUGCAGAGCUCUUUGCGUUUGGACGUACACCAGAAGAGCACAGACCACACGGGGAGCACAGACACAAAUUGGCGUGGGUGACCAGCAAGUCCAAUGUUGGCUAUACUUGGGACUUGGGGGGGACAUGGGGUGACCAAACCAGUCGCCUGGAACUGGAACGUUUUGUUGUGGCACUCGAGAAAACCUGACCCGGCACUCGCGAAGCUCAGACUUUGUGGCUGGCGAGUUGGUCAGGCCUGGCUCUUCCCACAGGCUGGGGCCACGCGCCGGGAGGUGCUGGGCCUCGCAGGCCUCGGUGCGAUGAUGCAGGCGGAGCCGGCACUGGCCAGUGGAGGUUCCACGGCAGGAAAGUACUCCACCAUCCCCUCUGGAAAGAGGAGAUUUUAUGGACGAGUCCGACAGGGCUUGUACGAGUAUCUGAAAAUGGAGCCUGCAAUCAAGGCUGGAGAUCUCAAGGCGACGGAAGUGGAGGAGUUCUUCAGCAUGAACAUCGUGAAAGUCAAAGGAGGAAUGCCAAUGAAGAACUGCGGAUUUGGUGGCAACUGCGUCACAAAGGAGAAGAGGACGUCGCGGUGGCUGGACUUUAAGACCGCCACCGACUUGUUGGCUGGAGCCUUUAGAUACGAUGCCAGCGAAGUUCCUGACUUUCUGCCAGGAGUGAAAGUGAUUCGAGCCUUCGCGAAGAAGGUCACCCGAAUGGAGGAAGCCAUUCAGGAAGGGAACGUGAAAGAGGUCCAGCAGCUCUACGCCAAGUCAAAGCUUGACUUAACCAGGUAUUUGCCCUUGGUUGAACUGGAGCCUCUUGAUUCCGAGGCCGCGGGACUGGUGGAGAUGAGGGAUUGUGGGAUUGUGGGAGUUGAAGACUGUAUGCCGGUGGUGACCGGUUGGAAGCUCUUGUUUGAGGAGCCAGACUUGCGUGGCUGGACUGUCCAAAAGGGAAAGUUCAACUAUCGGGCUCCACUGAAGGUACCGACGCAGCCGCACGGAGGUUCUGUUGGCUUGAAACAGAGUGCUUGCGCCUCCGAUGCGGAGGCGGUGGCUCAUGAGGCGCUCUGGGGUUUACCGGAUAAGAAAAGCAAAAGCACUCCACCGAAGUGCUUCAACAUCGCGUCUAGGGUGCAAAAAAGUAGCAUUGAGCAGCCUUUGAGCUGCCGCGUCCACCCUGUGACGGUGCUGAAGAUCUUGGACGCCUACGUGCGGCGGCCGGCCGGUGCCACGCGCACCAUUGGCACGCUGCUCGGGUGGAUCAGCGAAGGUAGUGCAGUGGACAUCACUGAUAGCUUUCCAGUGCCCCACAAGGACACUACUGAUGAGGGUGUUGCUAUUGACCAGGACUACCACAAGUCCAUGCUCGAGCUUAGACAGAAGGUCUCUCCACGCGAAGUCGUUGUUGGCUGGUUCUCCACCGGCGAUGAGAUCAACGCCACCUCUGCGGUGAUCCAUGCCUUCUACUGCAAAAAGGAGUCCUUCGGCAUUAAGACCUUCGUCAAUGUCCGAACCGCAGUGGCGGAGAAUUUGUUGCAAUUCCAUGAGGUGCCGCUCCGGGUGCAGACCAGCACCGCUGAGAAGUCCAGCAUCUCCCAGUUGAUGCAUGCCAGACGAGCCAACCGAGAAGCUCUGGCCUGUCCCGACGCAUUCAGCAGUAUGUUCGAGCUGUGCAGUCCGGAAAGGAUGCACAUUGAAGAGAUCAUCAUAGAUGGUUUCAAAUCCUACUCGACCCGUGUGCCUGUCGGACCAUUUGAUCGGCAGUUCAAUGCCAUCACAGGUUUGAAUGGAAGCGGAAAGUCGAACAUCUUGGACGCGAUUUGCUUUGUACUCGGCAUCUCCAAUCUUACGCAGGUCCGCGUUGGAAACCUGUCAGAGCUUGUGUACAAGCAGGGGCAGGCUGGUGUGACGAAGGCCAGCGUAACUAUUGUCUUCAACAAUGAGGACAAGCAGAACAGCCCGGUGGGGUAUGAGAUGCACGACAAGAUCAUCAUCACACGCCAGAUUGUGAUUGGAGGUCGAAAUAGAUACCUCUUGAACUCGCACAAUGUGCAGCAGAAUCAAAUUCAGAAUUUGUUCCAUUCGGUGUCGUUGAACGUCAACAAUCCUCACUUCCUCAUCAUGCAGGGCCGCAUCACGAAGGUGAUCAACAUGAAGCCUCAAGAGACGCUGAGUAUGAUUGAGGAGGCGGCCGGAACGCGCAUGUAUGAGAACAAGAAGGCCGUGGCUCUGAAGACCUUGGAAAAGAAGCAGAACAAGGUUGAGGAGAUCAAUCGGCUUUUGUCGGAGGAGAUCACGCCAACAUUGGAAAAGUUGCAGAAGGAGAGGUCAAAUUAUAUGCUUUGGGUCUCCAACAACAAUGAGAUCGAGCGACUGGAGCGUUUUUGCGUGGCCUAUGAGUAUGUGCAGUUCAAGAACAAGCUCGAGAACAAGAACCAGCAGUUGGAAGAAAUGGAGGAGAGUUUGGCCCAGAUCGCCCAGAGCACAAAAGAUCUCACCAGCCGUGAUGCUGCCAUCCAGAAGGAGAUGAAACAACGCACCGCCUCGCGUGACAAGGCCAGAUCUCAGGAGUUGAAGAGGCUCGAGGAUGAGCACAACAAGCUCUCCAAGGACAUCGCAUCCAUGGAAUCGAAGCUGAAGAACAAGCAGGCCGAGUUGGACUCUGAAAAGGAGCAGCAGAAGAAGUCCACGUCGGGCAUGGGUGACCUGAGGAAGCAGCUCCAACAGAAGGAGACGGUUUACGAAAAAGAGAAAGGGAAGUUUGACAAGCUGACGCAGGAGGAAACUGCUACCAAUCAGGAGAUUGAAAAGGCACAGUACUCCAUGCAAGCGCUCACCGCAGGCAUGGCCGAGGCACCGACGGCCGAGGGCGAGCAGUGCUCCUUGCGAGAGCAGCUGCUCCGCACGCAAACCAGGCUGCAGGAGAUGCAGGCCGAAGAGAAGACCAAGAGCAUGGCCAUUGCCAACUUGCAGGAGCGCAUUGCUUCGGCGGAGCAAGUGGUUGGUCGGAGCAAGCAGGAGGACAAGCGGCUGAGCAAAGAGAAAGCUGCCAUCGAAGCGAUGCUGAAGGAGCAGCGCACCAAGCUUCAGAAGGCGGGCUUCGACCCAGAGGUCUUCAACCAGACCCAGCACAAUCUGCGCCAUGCAGAGGCCUCCUGGCGCUCCUUGCAGGAUAAGUUGGACUCCCUGCGCGCUCACCUUGGUGGUCUUGACUUUAACUAUAGCGAUCCUUAUAGGAACUUUGACCGCUCCACCGUGAAGGGUGUGGUGGCGAAGCUGUUUCACAUCAAGCCCGACUUCGCGGCCUACCACCGCGCUUUGGAGGUCUGCGCCGGUGGACGGCUCUUCUUCGUGAUCGUGGACAACGAGGAGACCGGGAAAGCGCUGCUGGAGAAGGGACAGCUGAGGCGGCGAGUGACCAUCAUUCCCUUGAACAAGAUCCAGGACAACAGCAUCGCACCGCAAGUGGUCCGGCAAGCGCGUCAGAUCAUCCCCAAGAAGGCCGAGGCGCAUGUGGCCAUGGAGAUCGUCGGCUUCGAGAAGCAGGUGAUGAAUGCGAUGAAGUUUGUGUUCGGUCCCUACAUGGUCUGCGACACGCCCGAGACGGCCAAGCAGAUCACCUUCCACCCCAACGUGCGGGUCAAGACCGUGACCAAGGAGGGUGACUUGUACGACCCGGCGGGCACCAUCACCGGUGGCUCCGCGCCGAAGGGUGGCAACCUGCUGAUGAAGCUUCAAGAGUUGUCCAAUCUGGAGAAGCAAGUCCAUACGCAGCGAUGCGAGUAUGACAAGGCGAAUGCGCAGCUGCAGAAGAUGCAGUCCACGGCUUCGCAGUUCUCCAGUUUGGAGAGAGAAUUGAAGUGCAAGGAGCAUGAGCUGGCCUUGAUUGAGGAUCGAAUUAAUCGCAGUGAGCAUCAUACUGCCGAGCAGAGCAUCCAGGACAUGCAAAGCGAAAUGCAAAAGCUACAAGAGGACAUCGCCAAUCUUCCAGAGGAGAAGAAGCGCCUUGAGAAGUCCUCAAAGCAGAUGGAGAAGGACAUCAAGAGCCUGGACUCCGGCCGUGAAGAUCGCCUGAAGUACUUCGAGAAGCACAUCGCAGAGCUGAAGAAGUCGGUGAAACAGAAUGCGGACAAGAUCGAGAAGCAGCGAGAAAAGACAGAACAAGCUCAAGUGGAAGUGGAAGUCCUUCGCAACGAGCUGUUGCAGAUGGAAGGCAAAGAACAGGACAGUGGCCGAGGCCAAGAAUCGAUCGCGGCGGAGAUCGAGAGCAUCUCUGAGUCUUUGUUCUCGAAGAAGGCAUCAUAUGAGGAGACCGGCAAGCAGCUGGAGAACAUGAGGGAGGAGCUUCAGAACCUGGAUGAGACCUUGCAGAAGUUGUCCGAGGAGCUCACACAGAACAAGCAGAAGCGCGAAGAGCAGGAGCUGGAGCAGAAGCGGGUGACUCACAAGAUCCAGCAGCUGCAGAAGGACGACAAGGAGUCGCAUGUGGUGGUGGCACGGAUGGAGAAAGAGCACCCUUGGAUUCAGAAGGAACAGGCCCUUUUCGGAAAGAAGGGCACGGACUUCGACUUCCAAGGCAGCCGCUACCAGGACAACAAGCAGCGCCUGGAGAAGUUGAACACCGAACAGAAGAAGCUCAGCAAGAACAUCAACAAGAAGGCCAUGGUGAUGUUUGAGAGAGCAGAGCAGGAGUACAAGGAGCUUCUCUCCAAGCGAGAUAUCAUUUUGAAUGACAAAGGCAAGAUCGAGAAGGUCAUCAAGGACUUGGACGAGAAGAAGACCGAGACGCUGCGCCGCACCUGGAAGAAGGUCAACAAGGACUUCGACUCCAUCUUUGGGACCUUGCUGCCGAACACCAACGCCAAGCUGGAGCCUCCGCAAGGCAUGGAUGAGACGGAAGGCUUGGAGAUCAAGGUCGCUUUCCAUGGUGUUUGGAAGCAAUCCCUGACAGAGCUCAGCGGCGGACAGCGCUCUCUUCUGGCACUCUCCCUGGUCUUGGCACUGCUUCUUUUCAAACCAGCUCCAAUGUACAUCUUGGAUGAGAUCGACUCAGCCUUGGACCUGAGCCAUACCCAGAACAUUGGCCACAUGAUCCGGACGCAUUUUCCCCAUUCGCAGUUCAUCGUGGUCUCCUUGAAGGAAGGGAUGUUCAACCACGCCAACGUGCUCUUCCGCACGCGCUUCAUUGAUGGAACCUCCACAGUGACGAGGUAUGCCAUCCGCGAUGAUGAUGAUCGAGUGGCAAUGCCACCACAAAAGAAGGCCCGAAAAGAGGCGGCCAAGUGA